UUGAUCACUACUACUGAUCACUACAGCUCAAGGAUGAUGGAUGGAAGGCUGAGCCUUGGCUCGACAGUGCGCCUGACCUCUGGGGCUGAGAUACCACAACUUGGCUUUGGUGUCUAUCUGUCUCCACCCGAAGUCACCGAGCGAUCGGUUAAAUGGGCCAUCGAAGCGGGAUAUCGACACAUUGAUUCGGCGCAAUGGUACUUCAACGAAGAGCAGGUCGGUGAAGCUCUUCGAACCGCCAAUGUCCCUCGAUCAGAUCUUUUCGUGACCACCAAGCUUGGUCACCCGGACCAAAUCGAACAUCGAUUACGAGAGAGUGUGGAGAAGAUUCAUCCGGGUGCAGACGGUUACGUUGAUUUGAUGUUGAUUCAUUCGCCCACUGCUGGUCCUGAAGGUAGGAGAGAACAAUGGAAGAUCAUGGAGAGUUUGGUGAAAGAGGGAAAGAUCAAAUCGAUCGGUGUUUCCAAUUAUGGACUCAGACAUCUCAAGGAAAUGCAGGAGUAUGCCAAGAUACCUCCCGCAGUGAAUCAGAUUGAGCUACAUCCAUGGUGCCAGCAAAAGGAUAUCGUGUCCUACUGCCAAGAGCGAGGGAUCGCUCUCGAAGCUUACUCUCCGCUCGUCCAGGGGACUCGAUCUUCCGAUCCAUACCUGACCGCCAUUGCCGAAGAGUGCGGAAAGUCUUGGGCUCAGGUCCUGAUCCGAUGGAGUCUGCAAAGAGGCUUCAUCCCGCUACCCAAAUCCGAUACUCGUUCUCGAAUCAUCGACAACACUGACGUCUUCGACUUUGAGCUCAACGCCACCCAAAUGUCCCAACUUGACAGCUUGGAUCGCGACGAACAUGUAUGCAUCAACAAUACGAAUGUACCAUAG